CAAUAUCAUUGUCAUUUACCAAACACAACAAACACAUAAAUUUCCACUACACCUUAGAAAAAGACAUCAAAACUAUUCAAUCUCUUCUAAUUCCUUCUAAACAUCAACUCAAUUUCUUCAUUUCCUUUCUCUUCAAUUGUGUCUCCAAUGGCUAGGAUCCAAAGAAAGCUCUUCCCAACAGAAGCUACCUCAAACCAAACCUUAGAUUGUUAUGGCUUUUGUGAUCCUUUAUGUCCUUCAAAUUGUUACACUAACACAAAUUACUAUUUCACACCCCCACCUUUAGAACAUACUACACAAGUUAACCAUAUUGGCUCCUACUUCAUCAUCCUUAUUUCAUUAUUCUCUUUGAUUUUUAUCAUCAUUGUUUUCUAUAUCAUCAAAGUGAAAUGCUAUAAUGAAAUGUGUGGUUGGAGAAUCAACAACUCCAUUCGGUCUCAAGGCUUUAACAACGAAGAGCUUCUCAAUGAAAAUCGCGAUCACCCCGUGUGGCUCAUCGCUACGGUUGGUUUGCAACAAUCAAUUAUAAACUCGAUUACGGUUUGCAAGUAUAGAAAAAACGAAGGACUAAUCGAAGGAACGGAAUGUUCCGUUUGUUUGAGCGAGUUUCGUGAAGAUGAAACUUUAAGACUAUUGCCAAAGUGUAGUCAUGCUUUUCACAUUUCUUGUAUUGAUACUUGGUUGAGAUCUCAUACUAAUUGUCCUCUUUGUCGAGCCAGCAUUGUUUCCAACAACGUUACUCCUGAAGUAACGUUGUUGAAUUCGGAACAGGAAAAUAACAACUUCGGAAGAAACCAAGAGACUCAAAUGGAGAAUCCGAGGAAUGAUCAAGAGAAUGUGUUAAACAACAAUGUUGCAUUUGAAAACAUGAUUGGUGAAUCAAGUGAUGAAUCAUCUGAAUCUAGAAGAUAUCAUCAAGUUGUUGAGAAAGAGAUGCACAAGGUUAGUGUUUGGAAGGCCAUUACUCAAAAAAGUAGCAAAACAAUGCGUCGAUGUUCGAUUGAAGAGCGUUUGCAUGUAAAGCCGGUGGCUAUGAAAAAGUCUUUAAAUCUACAUGGAAGGAAGAGUUUCAAAAAGAGAUAUGCGACUAUGAUUUGAGAAUGAUUCUCUACAAUUUCGAAGAAUCGUGAUUCAAAUUUUCGAGUUGUUAUCAAAUAUAAGGAAGGUUCUAAAGAAUCUAAUCUCAUUUCUUGUGUUAGAAUUUUCAAUCUAUUAGAGGUGAACAUAUUGUAUAAUGUGAGAUAUGCCUAAUAUAAAGAACAUGUCUAGUUUUGAUAUAGUAUUCUAUUUUUAACUAUACCUUCAUUUAUACUAUUAUGCUUAUAGCUUUAA